AUAAAAUCCAUGGGAUUGGAUUUAGUAAAACGACACGUCUACAAGUUUUAGGGAUUUCGUAUUUUGCUUUCAUUUCUUCUUCUUCUUCUUCAUACGAGAGCCGAAAACGAAUAAGAAGAUUAAUUGAGGAGAAAUCGAAGAUGUCUAUAGCGUUAGUGGAGAAGAUUCAAGCCAAAUUUUGAAGAAGUCUAGUAGAUUCUGUAUUGUAAGCUACUAAAAUCUGCGAUGGUGAGGCAUUUCAAUCGUCGCCGGAAAAUUCAUCGGAGAUAUUAAAAUUGAAUCAAGCUUCGAAUUGGUCAACCGAUCUAUUAAUUUGACUAGAGAGGAACGAGCUGUAUGAUAUAUCUGCUUCCGAAUUGAGUCUCCAUGGCUAGUGGAAGCAGCAGCAUCGCAAUCGGUGGUUUGUUUGAGAACGCGGAGGUGACUACGAGUGGUAGACCAGUGCUUCGUCGCAAUGAGGUCGAAUGUUUCCUCCUCUCCUCCAUCGAUAUAGAUUCCGAAGAUGAUCCGCCGCGAUUCACAGCUUUGAGGUCUGGAAAUCUAAUCCUUACCACUCAUCGUCUCAUAUGGAUUCCUUCUCAAUCAAACGAAUCUGUUCCUUCUUCGAUUCCGCUCUCCGCCGUUACUCACAUCUAUUCCCAUAAGAAAUCAAUCAAGUCUAUGUUCCAUUCGCCUAGAAUCCGAUUUCAAGCGGAUCCCGGUUCGAUUGUUGUAACGAUUGUGUUUAGAGGGAAAGGGGAUUUUGAUGGCUUUUUGUCGAAAUUGUGGGAAUGUUGGAGAGGUAGGGCAUGGGAAGAAGAGGAGAAGAGCGAGAGUGAGACUUCAAAGUCAGGAUCUGGAACAGUUGCGCAAGGUUUGUAUGGAAACGAUGGAACGGUGAGGAUGGUGGGAUUGGCUGGGAUUUUGAGGAAGGAGCAAGAACAGUGGGAGAGCACAGAUAAGAGCUUGCAAGAUGCUUUUCAGGAUUUGAAUGCUCUUAUGAGUAAGGCUAAAGAGAUGGUGAGUCUGGCAGAGAAAAUGCGGCAGAAGCUUUUGUCUGCUCCUAGUAGUCAGAACGGUUCAACUGAUGAUGAAGAAAUGGGGUCCAAAGAAGAAAUGCAACAGUGGAUGUUGAGCGUUGGUAUUAUCUCACCAGUUACAAAGGAAUCUGCUGGUGCAUUGUACCACCAAGAAUUGUCCCGCCAGUUGGCAGAUUUUGUCAGAAUCCCAUUAGAAAAAGCUGGGGGAAUGAUCAGCCUUACUGAUAUGUAUUACCACUUCAACCGAGCUCGUGGGACAGAGUUGAUUUCCCCAGACGAUUUGUGGCAAGCUUGUACCCUCUGGGAGAAAUUUGAUGUUCCAGUAAUGCUGCGGAAGUUUGAUAGCGGUGUGAUGGUCAUCCAAAACAAGUCUCACAGCGACGAAGAGGUUAUGAGUAGAAUCAGAAUGCUUGUGACAAAAACUGAAACUCUUAGAGUUGGAGUUACUGCUAGUGAUGCAGCUUUGACGCUAAAGAUUGCUCCUGCCAUGGCUAAGGAACAUCUACUAUCUGCAGAGACCAAAGGUUUGCUAUGUAGAGACAUGAGCCCAGAUGGGCUUCGAUUCUAUUUCAACCUGUUUCCCGAGAUUGAUCCAACCAAUCUCCAUAUAGUCAAGGAGUUUGGGACAUACGGUGAAUGGAUCAAAGCGACCAGUUUGUUGUCUGUAUGACAAAGCUUUUGCUGUAAACUAUUUGUAAUAAGACAUACAAAAUAUACAAACACAAAUUUGGAUUUUGAAUCAAAAUUGCCAAUAAUUUAUUCAAUUAUUGUGGGCAAAGGUGUGUAUAAUUGUUUUUGUAAUUGUUCAGCUGUGUUUGAAAUUGCAUGCGACAAACAAGUCUUGAAAGAAACGAGAAAUCUUGUUUCAAUGCAGUUUAUGGAU